AUGUUUCGCGUCGCACCGGCGGCUCGCGGACCGGACAACGCGAUCAUUGCACCGUCGUUCGUUGCGGGCUCGAGCCAGAAGCACACACCACGAUGGAGCACGAUGGCAGGCCUCCUGUAUGUGCUCACGUCGAUAGCAGCCACGAUCGGCGGGCUCGUUGCGAUGGCCGACUAUCUCGCCAACGACUUUCUCUGGUUCCAGUUGGACUCGACGGCGCUAGCUCUAGCCAAUGUGAUCAAUCUCCAGCUACCACAGGUGAGCAGCCAAACGACCUUGGAUCUCUUUGCACCGUCGUCUGGUCUCUCCAAGCACGACGCUGUCGGCAGCAACAGUGCGUACACGCGCUUUCUGCGGUACGAAGCGCUCACGACACUCCAAGACGCAGUGGACGGGCUACGACAUCUCGAUUUGGUUUACGUGGCGAUGAUGGGUGCGCAGUACUGCUGGGUCGACUGGGAACGGCGCUGGGCUAUGGCCCACACACUCGCACGCCAAGAGCGCUGCCGCGACCGCUACGGCGCGAAUGGCGCCGUGUACCUCGAGUCCGUGCUGCGCAACAUUGACUUUAACGCGUGGGUCGACGUCACGCAAGGGUUGUUUACGCAGCGCAUCGGGGACGGUGUCGCUGGUUCGUCGGCGGAUGGCCCCGCCUUUCUCGCAUACCUUGCGACGCACCAGAUGCUGGAUCUGGACAGCGAAGUCCACCUCUGGUUGGACGCGGGUCUGGCUCACUUUGUGAUGCAGUACACCAACGCCUACCAGAUCGGUCUCCACGACGUUAUUCAGAUUGAGAACGCGCUCGGUCACGUCAUUGCUUUUGAGAUCAAGGACAUUCCGGUGGCGAGCCGCGGUGUCCGAUGGACCACCGACUACAUGUACGGCGGGCUCCAGACGGACCUCAACAUCCCCAGCGGCAACCAAAGCCUCGUGCAGAACGCCAGCACCUUUGUUGGAGACGUGAGCCCAGGUCUCCUUGAAGCCGUCCUCGUGUGCUGGCCCCUACCUCCGGCAUUUCAAGCGUUGCACAACGACAUUGGCCCCCUCGACAACAUUGAUGUGCUCUGGGUCCCCGUGCCGAGCGCAGUGCUCUCGAUCGUGCAGACGUUUCGGUCGCUUUUGUUGGCCCACCUCGCGUCCAGCGCAGCGCUAGUGUCGGCACUGGAUGCCAUCGGCACGCUAGAGCUGCACCCGACACCGCUGCAAUGGCAAGACCCGAAUCUUUUCUUCUACGGCGGCAACCCCACGUGUGGCUUUGGCGUCGGCCUUCCGUUCGUGCAAGAGUCGUUCAGCUUUGACGACUCGUGUGGAACGCAAAAGGCGCUCACGUACUCGCUGUCGCCGAUCGCAGGUCUCUUUGCCUGGACGAUGCUUGGUGACGUCAACGCCACCGCUUCCAUCUGUGCGCUUCUGCCGAUCGCCGAGGUGCAUGGCUGUGUGCAAGCACUGCGCACUGUCGAGGCUGCGGUAUUACUUGUUCCGUCGCUCUCGGAGCUUGGAUUGCCGCCGUCGUCGCUUCCGCCACUGCAGCUCAUGCAGUUUGUCGGUCGCAAUUCGUCGCCGGUGGUUGAGACGCAGCGCCUCCUCGAGGCUUCGUUUGCGUUGUUUGGCUGGCUGAGCGUUUACGAGUGGGCGAUGCAGACGCGCGAGGUCGUUUCCUUUGAAGGGGACGUCGCAUCCUUUACACUCAUGACAUCGGCUGCAACACCAAAGCCCUUGCCUCCGUAUGCACUCCCAUCGAGUCUGGGGACGUAUCUCUGGUACUGCAGUAACGCGGUGACCAUGGUCUUGGUGAGCCUGGCACUCUUGCUGCUUUGUCUUUGGUUGUGCUGCCACCGACCAUCGCACACGCCAUGGCGACACUGGAGCCAUCUUGUGAGCGCGACGUGGCUCAACCGCGGGCUUUUGAUGGCCCGUGGAGGCGCCGCGCUGCUCUGUUUGUCGUCGGCCGUGCCGCAGUCCGAGGCGACAGCCUUUGGCUCGCAGUUUGAUUUGGGCCGCCACCGAUCGCUGCUCGCCACGUGUCUCUUGUCGAGCGAAGCGACGUGGAUCCUCUCUGUGUUCCAUGAGAUGGGUCAUCCGCUGACGUCGCCGUAUACCGCGAGCUACGCACGGUAUAGUCUGGUGUUCGGGUGGCUCUUUCUCGUGGUUUUGGACAUUGCGGCGCCAGUCCAAGUCUCGGUGACUCUGGAGCGUAGCUGCUCGUCUCAAAAUAUGGACCGGGUGCUCUAUUGUACGAGUGGCCACAUUGUUAUUGGUCGCUUUGAUCGUGUCUGCACCAACGUCGCAGGGCUGGUCACUGCAGCGUGUGGCAGCUACCUCGUUGUGCGACUGUGGACCGUAUUGAGGGAUGCGGAAGAGACGCCGUCGCUCUUGCUCAACUCGGCAGCGAUUGCCUUUAUGAACCGGAAGGAGCGAGUGCGCGCACCCAACAACGUUGUGACAGCGGCCAUGGUCGGCGUCCUUCGCAUGCCGCGCCGCGGUAUCACCUUUGACACCAAGCUCUGGGUCUUUGUCAAGACGGAUAUGGUGCCGAGGUCCUUGCUUGGGCUGCCGUCGACACCAGGACCCAAGAGCAACGUGGCUUGGACAGGCUUGCAUCGGCUGUCGGACAUGGCAUCAUCGACAAUGACGCUAUACAAUGUGCUCCAACUACGAUACAAGCAAAUGAUUCUACUUGGUGGUAUUCUGUACAUCACGUUCAGCCUCGCUUCCAACAUCGCCUUCCUCGCGGUGGCCCAAACCUUCUUGGCCAACGACUUUGGCUGGACGGGCUUCAACAGCACCGGCAUGCACGCCUUCUUGGCUAAUGCCAUCAACCAGCAGCUUCUCAUCUCAACCAAUAUGACGCUUGACUUGAGCAGCCCCGCGCUGGCCGACAUUUCGCAGCUCUACAAUGACUCGAUGGCGUCGAUUGCCUGGAGUGCACACGCUCCCCGGCGUCAGAUCCUGGACACCAGCAUACCGCUGGCUCGUUUUGCGCAAGGCCUUCGAGACAUGAACCCGUGCAUGCUGCCGUGGAUGUUCACGCAGUACUGCUGGCUCGACUUGGAUCGACAUUGGGCCAUGGCCAGCACCACCAAGCGUCAAGCGCGAUGUGUUGCCUCUCAGAUGGCCAAUGGCGCCGUCUACUUGGAGAUUCCGCUUCGCAACGUUCGUGACUGGGCCGCGUGGGACCGCUGCUGGGACUUCGCAGCGUGGUCAACAGUGGCUCUCGAAUCUCAAACUCAACGUCAAUUCUGUUGA